CCAGUUAUAGACUUGGGCGGGUGGCCACUUUUAUGCAUGAUGAUCCUAUUCAGCCUGAUGAUCUGGUGCCCGCUAUCCAGCCGGAUGGCCCGAUCCAGCAAGAUCCAGCCUGAUGACCUGGUGUUCGUGUUCCAGCCCGAUGACCCUAUCCAGCCUGACAACCUGGUCCGGCCUGGUGCCUCGGUGCCCGUGGUCCGGCCUAGUGCCUCGGUGCCCAUGGUCCGGCCUGUGCCUCGGUGCCCUUGGUCCGGCCUGGUGCCUCGGUGCCCGCUGUCGUGCCAGAUGACUCGGUGCCUGCUGUCGUGCCAGAUGACUCGGUGCCCGCUGUCGUGCCAGAUGACUCGGAGCCCACUGUCGAGCUUGGUGACCCGAAGCCCGCUGUCGUGCCUGGUGACCCGGUGCCCGCUGUCCUGCAAGGUGACUCGGUGCCCGUUGUUGAGCUUGGUGACUUGGUGCCCACUUUCGUGCCAGAUGACUCGGUGCCCGCUGUUGUGCCAGGUGACUCGGUGCCCGAUGUUCUGCCAGGUGACUCGGUGCCCGAUGUUCUGCCAGGUG